CUUUUCCUUUGCUCGCCAGUCGCUGCUGGCUGCUGGCGGAGUAGCCGGUGGAAGCAGCGGGCUGGUGGGGUGCCAGUGAUGAUGAUGGUGGUAACAAUAGCAGCCUCUGCUUGUGGAGAGCCUACUGUGUGCUCAGCCAAGCCGCUGCUGGCACUUGGGGGGAAGAAAGGGGGGACUAACGCUGGCCGAGUGGCCACUUUUGCUAGGUAUUGCUGGAAACUUCAUCCAUUUCCUUCCAUUCAUUCAUCCCUCCCUCCCCUCCAUCCAUCCAUCCAUCCAUCCACUCACUCAACACAUAUUUAUUCCUGUCUGCUAUGUGCCCGGCCAGGGGAUUCAGUGGCUACCUAGACAGGUCCCAGCCCUCAAAGGGAAUGUUGAUCAUGGAAUGCCCAAGCUAAGGAGCGGUUCUGUCUCCUGUGUGUUUGUUCUGGGACAUGUUACAGGAGCGUGAAUUCGUGCACAGUCUCCCUUCACCUGGGUAGGGCCAGAGGUGUGUCAUUCAGAGCACUGAUGUGCCCAGGAGUCUGGCAGGCCCCGGCUUGACCUUUGGGACUCACUCUUCUCCUUUCCCUCCCACCUCUCCAGGCUCAAGCUGGGUGGCCCAGUUGGUGUCAGGAGGCUCCACUCCGGAACUGGCCCCCACUCCUGUCCAGCUGACCUCUCCGGGAUGUCUCUUCCCCAGUGCUGGGCUGGCCUGGCUCCCACCUCCCCUCCCUGAGUUUCUUUGCCUUCCCCCUCCCCAUUUCCCGGGCUCCAUUGAAUGGCCCAGAGGAGAGCUUGUUAAGUGGCAAACAAUUAUGAAAUUAAACUGGGGGAACAAAAGUGGGCUGGCUGUUGAAUGGUGGAGCUGGCUCACGGGAGUUGAAUGGCAGUGGGAGACUUGUUAGCAGGGAUCUGAGGCGCUGGGGGGCGGGGGCGGGUCAGGCAGACAGGCACUGUCAAUAGUCUGACUGGACUUUAAAAAAAAAAAUUAAACCAACUUGGUGAGAAACCUGGCACAGGGCUAACCAUGCUUUAGGGGAUGUUGGAGAGGCCACCAGCUGACUGCCACGUCCAGUUGGCAAGAGACUAUUUGGGGAGGGUGCUGAUGGAUUCGGCCGUCCGAGGCAGGGGAGAAUCUCAGGGCGUUUGAGCUGGUGGAGCUAGGCAGGCAUUCUGGAGUCAGGCGCGGUCUACAGGGGCCCACUGUGUGGGAACCAUGCAUGAUAAACUGCACUUCACCGUGCUGGGCUCCUUGCAAAUUGGCUUUCCGAGUGGCAGCCCCACAACACUUGUAAAAUCUUUUUCUCGAGAUGGAUGUCGGUGGAAUGGUUCCAUUGAUUCUAGUGCGCGCUGGUUGGAGGUACAUUAAUUGGGCGAUGACUAGUCAAAAGGCGAUAAUCCAGUCACGGAGGCUUAAUGGUGUGUUUGGAAGUGUUUCAACCUGGGACUGCCUUCCUGUUUAUUUCUCGGCCCCAGGAAUUUCGGAAGACCUGGAUUGAAUGAGGUCCCUGUAUUGGUGAUGUGGAUGGGUUCAGAGAGUCACCUACAUGGCCGAGGAGGUACCUCUGAUGUAACCACCCCAUGGCACGCUUAGAAUCACUCACAUCCACUCUGGCUGAUGCCCUGUGGGCUGUGCCUGUGGACACAUAGGACAGGUUUAGAUCUAGGUGAACAAUAAGAAUUUUAGGGUGUUUUACUUGAGCCCCAACUGUCAGGAAUACACAGACUGAUGUAGGGAAUCAUUGUUCUUGAAAAACCUGCUUUUAAUAAAUUCCCAGCUCACCCGUGAGACUCUUAAAUCUUCAUCCAAUGAAUGUGGCUUAAGUUCAUUUGUUCUUCUUUGAACUUGCUACCUUCCCACCUAGGCAGUACGGGCCUUGGCGUGCUCACUUUAUACAGGACACAUCUCUCUGUACUUGUUUGAGGAAUUAGGGUGGUCGCUGGGUUUCCCUGAAGGGUAGCAUUCAAGGAGAAAAACCAGCAUUCUGGGUGCAGGUUUGGACUUCUGGAAAAAAAAGAAAACCCUCCCCAAAGUGCAAUCAUUUUUUAAUCUAUCAAAAUGACUUCAUUUUCCCAAUUUCAGGCCUGUGAACUGAUCAUGAAUACCAGGGCAGAGGAAAUUAAUCAGCCAGGCAAAGACUUUUAACAAGUAAAUAUUAUGCACAGAAAAACAUGCAAUUAGUGGAGGUUAGUUAAUGCCUUUCAAGUUGCAUCGAGCUGCAGUUAAGGGUGGAAUUUCUGCGUUAUCCCUGAAUUGUCUGUCAAAGUCUUUAAUGUGACAAUGUGACAUGUCUCUCCCAUCGCCCCUCCCUCACCGGGAACAAAAAAGGGUCUUUUCACUAAUUCCCCCUUUCCAUUCUUCUUCUCCCUGAGAUCUUUCCGUUCAGCAGUAAGUACCUUUGUCUGCCUGCCCCUCUGGAGCAAGGGUCCUGGGCAAAGGGCUCCCCAGGUGCAGAGGCCUGGGAAUAGCUUCUCAGGCUCGCUCCAUAUCCACGGAUCAAAGUCGAUGGCACCUCCGAUAAGAGUUAGGGGCCUGCCUUCUGGCCUGGGCACCUCACCCUCUAGGACCAGAAGUUUCCAACACUUGGGGGUGGCAGGGAGAAGAGGGGGUGAAGGGACUGUUUCCCACAGCAAGAACCGUUUAGUGUAGCCUGGGGCAGUCUGAAAGCCAUUCCCUGCAGCCCUCGUUCCUGCUGUGUGGAUGUCCCCAUGUAGUGAGACUGAAGUUGUCUGACUUGAGUUUGAAGAGGUGACUAAAAUGUCAAAAGCAAAAAAAAAAAAAAAAAAAAAAAAAUUGAAAGAAACAAAAACCCCCAGGGGAAAAAAAUAAGAGACCCCUUUUUGGGGGCGGUAUUGGAGGAAAGGUAUAAAUUGCUUCUCAGUUAAUUUGAUUCACCAUGGCUCUCCUCAGUGACCUGACAGGUCUGCUACCAACACAAAUAUUUUACUUUAUUUUGACUUUUUUUCCCCUAAUGAGACAAGACUUAGUUAUGCUUUAUUUCCACUUAAAAUAUCUGUGACCGAUGAGGACAGCCCAAUUCCAUGAAAAAAUCAUAACAAAUUGAGAUUAUAGGUAUUAUUUUUGAAAUCAAAUUGUGAUUUGAGGUGUUCAUUGGGCUUUUCAGGCCUUUUUGUGAAUCACUCUGUGGGGGAUUUUCUUGGACCUGAACUUGGCCAGCUUAAUGUCAGAACCAGGUCGUCAUCAUAAAUAGAAGCAGCUGCAGGAAAAAAAACAUACAUAAAAUUCUCCCUUCUGGUUGACUCUGCUCUGCAUCCAGUUCAAAGCCAGGGAUGAGUAGGCUCCUCUUUCCACCACCCCAGUCUACACCUGAAAGUUUGUUUCUGUAAAAUGUGACUUGUCUGUUGCCCACCUUCGCAUUCCCGUCUCCUCCUUCCAAGAAGGAUGUGAGGCUCAGCACUGAUGCACAAGAAGAGACUUUUGGCAUCGCCCAUGCUAAUUUCAUCACUUCAAGGAGAAAAUGAUGCCUGCUUCCAAUUUCUAACGCUCUUAUCGUUUCCUCUUCAUUUCAUUUUUUUGCAUUUUACGGACAGUACUGCAGUCUGCAAGCCUGCAAAAUAUAUUGCAUUGGCUACCUGAGAAAUGUAAUCCCUUCCUUCAACCUGCCUUUCCCUUCUUCCUGACAAAGCGCUUUUUAGUGUCUCAGUGUUCACAGAAAAGGCAAAGGUUCUCUCCCCCAACCCUUUUUCUGCCCUGGGCUCCCCGCACAGCACGGGUGCUGAGGGGCUGGUGAGAAUGGAGUUUUGCUUUUGUUAAGUUUGUCAUUCAGACACAUUAGUGAAUUGAUCAUACUUGGGAGUUUUAAUCCUUAAUUGCAAAUUCCCGCACGAUCACAAAACAUACACUUGAACUGAUCAUAAAAAUGGCAAAACCCCAAUAUCAGACUUAAGUGUAGAAUUGCCAUAGUGCUGAUUUGAUUAUGCUUCAGUGACAUCUGUUUAAUAGAUUUCCACAAGAACUGUAAAUCCACAUUUACUUUCUUUGCAAAUUGUAUUUGAAUACUGAGCAACCACAGCCCUCUAGCAUCUUCCCCUCCCUAGCCAUGUAUGUGCUCAACCCCCAUUCCUGUGGAGGGUGACUUGAUGUAUAAGUGGGAAGGGGACACAAUGCUGAGUUUUACACAUUUACCUCCUAUUUCCUUUUGUGUGUGGGUAUGUCUGUGUGCAUGUUUGAAACAGAUCUGAACAGCUUACCAUUUCAACUCCAUAGAUACGUGACUCUCCAAGUGCUUUAUUUUGAAAACUAGGACGUAGCACUUUGCAGAAGAAAAAUCAGUCCACUUGCUAUUGUUUAUGUGAUCGCUGAUCUGCUAGAUGGAUAUAGAAAGCACCAAGAAUUAUAAUAAUUUAUGGAGUGGAGCACUGGUUUACAAACAUAUUUCUCUGCCCGAGCUUUGUGGGUUUCUUUGCGUCUCGGGGCUCGUUCCGUGCAAUGGGAACGGAGAAUAUUCAGAAUCUGAAGACAAGCCCGGCGAGCCGACUGCAUUCAUAGCUAAAAUUAAAGGAAUAAGUGAGCAGCUAUUUGUGGCAGACAGGACAUGAUCCAUCUGUUUCCAGGUCUGGCGGGGGGCCGGGCUGCGGUGGCGGCAGCGGUGGGAGAUGCCGGGGCGGCCAGCGGAGGUCCAUGUGGCGCUCUAGGUGGGAUGCCGGCGUCCUGAAGGCGGAGGCCCUGGCCCUCCUCCCCUGUGGCCUGGGCAUGGCAUUCUCCCAGUCCCACGUGAUGGCCGCUCGGCGGCACCAGCACAGCCGGCUCAUCAUCGAGGUGGACGAGUACAGCUCCAACCCCACCCAGGCCUUCACCUUCUACAACAUCAACCAGGGCCGCUUCCAGCCACCGCAUGUGCAGAUGGUGGACCCGGUGCCUCACGAUGCCCCCAAGCCUCCGGGCUACACCCGCUUCGUCUGUGUCUCUGACACCCACUCCAGGACGGACCCCAUCCAGAUGCCGUACGGUGACGUGCUGAUCCACGCUGGGGACUUCACCGAGCUGGGGCUCCCGAGCGAGGUGAAGAAGUUCAACGAGUGGCUGGGCAGCCUGCCCUACGAGUACAAGAUCGUGAUCGCAGGCAACCACGAGCUGACCUUUGACCAGGAGUUCAUGGCCGACCUCAUCAAGCAGGACUUUUACUACUUCCCAUCUGUGUCGAAGCUGAAGCCGGAGAACUAUGAGAACGUGCAGUCGCUGCUGACCAACUGCAUCUACCUUCAGGACUCGGAGGUCACCGUGCGGGGCUUCCGGAUCUAUGGCUCCCCGUGGCAGCCCUGGUUCUAUGGCUGGGGCUUCAACCUCCCGCGAGGCCAAGCCCUGCUGGAGAAAUGGAACCUCAUUCCCGAAGGCGUAGACAUCCUGAUAACCCAUGGACCGCCACUAGGCUUCCUGGACUGGGUCCCCAAGAAGAUGCAGCGGGUGGGCUGCGUGGAGCUGCUGAACACGGUGCAGAGGCGCGUCCAGCCGCGGCUACACGUCUUUGGCCACAUCCACGAAGGGUAUGGUGUCAUGGCAGAUGGGACGACCACCUAUGUGAACGCGUCCGUAUGCACUGUGAACUACCAGCCCGUGAACCCGCCCAUAGUCAUCGAUCUCCCCACACCCCGGAACUCCUGACUGCUCCCCACUGCCACAGUCCUGCCCGUUUGUGCCAGCUCCAUAGGCCUGGUCCGGCCAUCAUUCCUUCCAUACUGAGUUGCCUGGACGACCCACUUGGCUGCGGGGACUGGCCUAGCAGGCAGGUCAGGGCCUUGGAACAACUCUUCAGCCUUCUGUCACCUGGAGUUGGGACCCUGCACAUCCCCAUCAGGGGUUCUGUGCUCAUUUACUUUUUCUGCGUGUACAUCCUGCGUGUACCUCGUUAAAGGACCUACUAAGCUCAUGGCCCUGUCAUGUUUGGGAAAUGACUGAAUCUUCAUUCUUCUCCCUUGGACGCCCUCCUGGUUUGGGAAGCUGCUGCUCUUCAAUGGAUUUUGGAAGUUAUACAAAAUCUCCCUUUAACCAUGGGUCUGUGUGGUGGCAUGCCCCUGUGUUAGGGGUGGGUGGGAGGAUUCGUGGGUUGCACACAGACAGUCCUUGCUCUCCUCCCAAGUGAGGGAGGAGACAGGCCCAAGAAGGAGGCCCUCCGAAGGAGCAUUUAGGGACAUCUCAGGAAUUCAGACCACACCUGGCCAGGCCCACAGCAGUUUGCCUGGCAUUAUUCCCCUCUUCUUCUUCCUGUAGGCAUUUUUGUUGACGUGAACAAUGGCCUGAGUGUUCUAGGCAUUCACUCGGCGCCUAGAUGAUGGGGGCUGGUUCUGCAGAAUGAGCUGCUGGCGUGCGUGCCCAGGACCAGCUAGAGGGUUCCCAGUCAUGGGGGGAUGACCCUUGGUCCCACGGGGAACACGCUGCUCUACAGAACUUGUAGCCUGGAUGGAGGGUCUGCAGGCUUAGGCUGCAGCAGGCCUACCAUGGGUGUGAACCCAUGUCCAGGCAUGCACUGACACACAUGUACGCACGCACCCCUCUUAACUGAACCAAGCGGGUCCUGUGUUUCUCUUUGCUGCCCCGCAGUGAGGUUUUGUUCCUUGGUGUGACUUCCCUUGCACCGUUAGGAUUCUGUCUGGCAUGCCUGCAGCUGAGGAAGCUGAAAGGGCUCAAAAUCCUCAUCCCAGGACCAGCCAGCCCUGUGAACGGGAGGGUGGCACAGGGACAGAGCAGGCCUCAGGCUUCAGCAGCCCCACCUUGGACAGCUUCUUUUUCUUCUUUGAAUUAGGACUGGAGGGAGUGGGGGCAGGAUGGUGGUGGGAACUGGUAGGGCUUAGAUGAGGGGCAGGCAGUUAGGCAGAAAUGGCAAGUUCAGGGUCAGAUUCUGUCUUUAUUUAAUAUUUUCUUCAUCAUGGACUUUUUUUGCAUUGAUUUUUAUUUUUAACAUUGCAUUAAAGUAGUAUUAUUUGUCCUGAUUGGUGAUUUUUUUUGCACCCCCUUUACGUUGUUCCUCUGAGAGGAAGGUGCCACUCCCUCACCCAGGUCCCAGCCCUGGGAACCAGCCUACCGUGAGCCCCUUUGCAGAUAUAGUCUCAUUUCAUCCUCAGAUGGUCCUUCAAGGUAGGUACUUUAUUCCCCAUUUUAAAGAUGAGACGAUUGAGGCCAGAGGGGUGUGGCAACUUGCCUGGGGGCUCACAGCACAAAAGGAGCAGAGGCAGGAUCUGACCCUUGUUCUCUGACCUCACUGCCCUCACUUUGCCAUGACCUGAAGUUAUGCCCCUACAAAGCAAUGCAUGGUCCAAGGCUCUUUUGAUUGUAAUUUUGUUUUUAAGGGUCCUGUUCUAAACUGGUCUGAGCUCUGAGGAGUCCCGAACCCUGGGUGCAGCAUCCUAGCAUGCUGGGAGUCCUUUUCUGCCCACGCUGAGCUGGGCUUCUCGAGGGCUGGGGCUGCUGUCCCUGGAAGCCUGGCAGCAGCACUGUGUCUGAUUGGCUGAAGCUGAGCGCCGUGGGGUGUAGGGCUCCAGGAAUCCCAUUUGGCUGAAGGGGUUCCUGUAGCCGGGGAUGUUUACGAGGUCUCUCUGAUGCCCCAGGCGCGGGACAUGUGUGCGGUGGAGAAAAGCAAGCCCUUUCAGUGCCAGCUCCACUCAAUUUCUGUGUGGACCAAGAGCUAUAAACUUAAAAAAAUUUUUUUCCUAAGGUAUCUUCAGAAUAUGGUGUAUUUUUAUGUGGAAAAGAAAAGUUAUGAAGGCAGCUGUUACUUUAAGAGAAAAUUCAUUAAAAGUCCUUGAGAUAUGAAGAUGACGGCGUGCUUCUCAAUCAUUUUGGCAUAACUUGAUUGUGGCUGUAAUUUUUUUUUUUUUUUUUUGUCAAGCAUGUCAGACAAUAAAGUCUUUGUAAAAA